CAGUGCGCUCCCCUCCAGCCUCCGCGGAGCUUCGGACAGAGGAGGAGGAGGAGGAGGAGGAGGAAGGGGGGGGCCGGGUGCUGCUCUGCCCCGUCCCCGGCUCCCGCGAUGCCGCCGGUCUGAGCCCCUCGGAGGAUGCUGCCGCUGCUGCCGCUGCUGCUGUUGGGCUCCCCGGGGCUGAGCCUGCCCUCGGGGGGUCCCCAAGGCGACACCGAGCUGGUCACCCCCCUCCGCUUGGACCCCGACAUCAACGGCCGCCCUUACUUCGAGGAAAAUCCCCCUCCGGGAGGGCAAGCGGUGGUUUUCCAGCUCUCGGCUUUCGGGGAAGAUUUCUACCUCCACCUUUCCCCCGACUCCCACUUCAUCGCCCCCGCUUUCGCCUCCCACUAUUUGGGGGUCCCCCCCGGCUCGAGUCGCCCCCUCCCCGCCCUCCGCCACUGCUUUUAUUCGGGGGAUGUCAACGGCGAUAGGGAAUCCUUCGCCGCCCUCAGCCUUUGCGGGGGGCUCCGGGGGGCUUUCGGGUACCGGGGGGCCGAGUACACCAUCAUCCCGCUGUCGGGGGGCUCGGGGGGUCCCCACCGCCUGCGGCGCCGCAGCCCCGGCCGCCCCGUCGAGGCUGGAGCAUCGCGGUGCGCGGUGGGUUCCGCGCUCACCCCUGGGGUCCUGCAGGCGCUGGACAAGUAUCGGGGGAGAUUUGGGGGGAAAAGGGGUCGAGCCAAACGUUUCGCCUCGGUCCCGCGUUACGUGGAGACCUUAGUGGUGGCCGAUGAGUCGAUGGUGAAGUUCCACGGCGAUGACCUCCAGCAUUACCUACUGACGCUCAUGGCCACGGCCGCACGGCUCUACAAGCACCCCAGCAUCCGUAACCCCAUCCAGAUCUCCGUGGUCAAGUUCCUCCUCAUCGGGCAAGAUGACAAAGGGCCAAAGGUCACGGGCAACGCCGCCCUCACCCUCCGCAACUUCUGCGCCUGGCAGAAGAAAUGGAACAAAGUCAGCGACAAACACCCCGAGUACUGGGACACCGCCAUCCUCUUCACCAAGCAGGACCUGUGCGGCGCCACCACCUGCGACACGCUGGGGAUGGCAGACGUGGGCACCAUGUGUGACCCCAAGCGCAGCUGCUCCGUCAUCGAGGACGAUGGGCUGCCCUCGGCUUUCACCACCGCCCACGAGCUGGGCCAUGUCUUCAACAUGCCCCAUGACAAUGUGAAGGCCUGCGAGGAGGUCUUUGGCCGGCUGAAGACCAACCACAUGAUGUCCCCCACCCUCAUCCAGAUCGACCGCGCCAACCCCUGGUCAGCCUGCAGUGCUGCCAUCAUCACAGACUUCCUCGACAGCGGCCACGGAGACUGCUUGCUGGACCAGCCGGCCAAGCCCAUCCCGCUGCCCGAAGACCUGCCGGGGACGAGCUACAGCCUGAACCAGCAGUGUGAGCUGGCCUUCGGCGUGGGCUCCAAGCCCUGCCCGUACAUGCAGUACUGCGCCAAGCUCUGGUGCACGGGCAAGGCGCGCGGGCAGAUCGUCUGCCAGACCCGGCACUUCCCCUGGGCGGACGGCACCAGCUGCGGCGAGGGACGCUUCUGCUUGAAGGGUGCCUGCGUUGAGAGGCAUAACAUCAGUAAGUACAGGGUGGACGGUGGCUGGGCAAAGUGGGCGCCCUAUGGGCAGUGCUCGCGGACGUGCGGCGGUGGGGUGCAGCUGGCCAAGCGGGAGUGCACCAACCCGGUGCCUGCCAACGGGGGCUCCUACUGCGAGGGCAUCCGUGUCAAGUACCGCUCCUGCAACCUGGAGCCCUGCUCUGCUGCAGUGCCAGGGAAGAGCUUCCGUGAGGAGCAGUGUGAAGCUUUCAACGGCUACAGCCACAGCACCAACCGCCUCACCGCCUCCGUCUCCUGGGUCCCCAAAUACUCCGGUGUCUCACCCCGGGAUAAAUGCAAGCUCAUCUGCCGGGCUAACGGCACCGGCUACUUCUACGUGCUGGCACCCAAGGUCGUGGAUGGCACCCCUUGCUCCCCAGACUCCACCUCAAUCUGCGUCCAGGGCAAAUGCAUCAAAGCGGGCUGUGACGGGAAGCUGGGCUCCAAGAAGAAGUUCGACAAAUGCAGCGUGUGCGGAGGAGACAACAAGAGCUGCAAGAAGGUCUCAGGGUUGUUCACCAAACCCAUGCAUGGCUACAACUUCGUGGUGGUCAUCCCUGCGGGCGCCUCUAACAUCGACAUCAGGCAACGGGGCUACAAAGGGCUGAUCAGCGACGACAACUACCUAGCACUGAAGAACGGGCAGGGCAAGUACCUGCUGAACGGCCACUUCAUUGUCUCGGCCGUGGAGAGGGACCUGAUGGUGAAGGGCAGCGUCCUGCGGUACAGCGGCACCGGCACCGCUGUUGAGAGCCUCCAAGCCUUCAAGCCCAUCCAGGAACCCUUGACUUUGGAGGUGCUCUCUGUGGGGAAGAUGACCCCUCCUCGGGUACGCUACUCCUUCUACCUCCCCAAGGAAAGCAAAGAGGACAAGUUCCCCUACAAGAAGGAGGGCAAGACCCCACCAGACCUCAACAACAGUGUCCUCAGCCUGUCCAACCGCUUGGACAGUGGGAGACCGAGCUACAAACGUCCCUCCUACAAGUGGGCGGCAGGUGGCUGGGAGGCUUGCUCCGUCACCUGUGGCGAUGGCUUGCAGAAGCGGUCAGUAGCUUGUCGCGACUCCUACGGCCAGCCAGCCGCCGAGUGCGAUGCGGCACAGCGCCCGGCAGAUGUCCGGCUCUGCGGGGAGCCCUGCCCGGUGUGGGAAGCUGGACCAUGGUCUCCUUGCUCCAAGAGCUGCGGUCAGGGUUUCAAGAGACGAGCACUGAAGUGCACGGUCCCAGCCGGGCGCUCGCUGCCCCGGGAAAGUUGCAAUUUUCGGAGGAAGCCGCAGGAGCUGGAUUUUUGCACCUUGAGGCCAUGCUGAGCAGGUCAAGAGGUGUCUCCGAGGAAAGGCAUGGUGUCCCUCAGGCUGUAUGCGGCCGAGCAGCAGCCAGGGGCUGGGAGAGGGGAUGUCCAUAGCACAUAUCAAACAGGGUGGGGGAAAGAAAAGGGGGGAAAAAAAAAGGGACCUGGGUGUGGGGACAGAGCACGCACGCCCCACACACCCGGGAGAGAGGGAUUUUACAGACCAGGUCGCUCAGAGACAGAGCGGAAACGAACAUCUACCUCGAAGCUGCCAAAUGACACGGACACCGGCUGGUGGAGCUUGGGAGUUGAGGAGGAAACAAGAGGAUGGCUGCCUGGAAUAGAUCCGAGGAUGGGCAGGGAGAUGCCUCUAAAUUGCACAGUCGAAGCCUCCCUGGUCUUCCAAGGGCCAACCCUACCUCUGCCCCUCCCAGACUCCCCCAACGCUCGCGUUAAAUGGGACCAAAAGCAUUCACCAAUGCAACCACAGCAAAUUUACUGUCCAGCCACCGGUGCGAUGAGGUGUUGGGUCUGAUGCCUCCAAUGACUUUGCAGCCUGGAGAGCCCAGCAGCGUCGCUGGACCAGGCUGGAAGGUGGUGGCUUUAUUUUCGUUUUCUCCUCAUGUUUAUGACCUGACCAGUGUAGAUUUUAUGGUGCUUAACUCUGUUGUUUUUUAACCUCCUUCCUCCUGCCUUGAUGGAUGUAAACCUUGUGUGGUGGGGAUGGUGUUAUUCCCCGUGGGCUCUCACCUGGUUGAGGUUUUCCUAUGGUGCUUUGGGAUGGUGCUGUGCCGGCAUCCAGUGCGUAGCUGGAUGCUCCUUCACACCCUGGUCCAGGACAAGAAGUAAAUCACCUGCCUGGAGUUUUUCAGGGCUAAAAGGGAUCACUACGGAUCUGAUAUUUGCUGUCGUUCCAAAACAAUAAGAAGCAACUGUACUGUAGUACCACGGCGCGGUGCCACACGGGGUCAGAUGCAGCCCCAUGAAUCGCCGGUACUUCACUCUGCUCUGGACACAGUGCUCGCUGCUGAGUACGCUGUGCUCAGACAUCCCACCGCUCUCUAGCUUUGGGCCAGGUUGGGUUCUUUGAGCAGCCUGAUCCAGUGGGAGGUGUCCCCGCCAUGGCAAGGGGGUGGAAUUAGAUGAUCUUUAAGGGUCCCUUCCAACUCAAACCAUUCUAUGGUAUUUCCUCUGCGUUAAGCCCCCUGGGAUAUCCUGAGCUGAACUUUGGUGGAGCUGGGAUGACGUUCCCAGCAUCGCUUUUGAGUUGCGGGAGCACAAGAUGAAUUUGGGUCUCGGCUUUUCCCAGGGGAAAGGGACUUAUUGGGGUUCAGGUGCACAGGGGAAGAGUAGGGGGUUGAGCCUCUUGCUGAUGCAGAGCAUCUGCAGCCAGCUUCCCCCUCCAGGGUUUGGUACAAGGGUUCAUUGGGCACCUCUGAUUACAAAGCAUGGUGCCAAGCGGUGGUCGGAAGCUGUUGUAGCUCUUGCACCACUCUCUCCCCAACAACCUUCUACUGCCCUUCAUCAUUUAGGUCUCUUGCUGAGAUCCUACCGUCAAGAACCAUUUCACUUUUUGUUUUUCCACUGAUGAAGGUCCCUCUUGAUUAAGAAGCUGGGACUGUCAGCAAGGCAGAGACUCUGGGCUGAGCUACGCUCUUAUUUGGAGUGGCAGAAAGGGAUGAGACACCAAUUAUGGGUUGGCAGAAGAUGCUGUCUUGAGGCUUGGAGCUUCCCUUGCUCACUCAGUCCCAUGCAGGUGUAGUGUGGAAACCUUUCCUUGUGCCCUUCGGUCUGCUCCAAAAGGUCUCCAGCUGUGGGCAAGGCAAGAAAGGUCACAAGAAACAGGUCUGCAGUAGCACAAGGGUUUCCUCACUAGACCUUUCCACCAGCUCAGCAAACCC